UUGUUCUCCGAACAGCGAAACCCAAACUCAACUCAUAUCGAAGGCCCACCUGAGUUCUUAUAAGUUUGUUUUACUCUUCUUCUUCUUCUUCUUCUUCUUCAUCAUCAUCAUCAUCACUAAUUACUAGUACCCAGUUCGCUGCUUUUUUGGAAGAAGAAGUAGAAGAGAAAUUUUGAGUAACAACCCACUUACCCACUAGUGUUGUGUUACCAUCAGAUAUGUCCAAGUAUUUCAGGCUCAAACCCACUGAUGCAGAGAUCAUUGCACACUUGAAGCUCAAGACUCGCGGAAUGGAAUCUGAACUUGAUCAUUACAUUGCCGAGAUCAAUGUCUGCAAGUGGGAGCCUUCCGAACUACCUUCUAAAUCAAAGGUCAAGUCGGAUAUUAAGGAGUGGUGGUUCUUGUGUCGACUGGAUUAUAAGUGCUCCAAAAGUAGUAAGCAAGUAAAAAGGAGCACCAAAACAGGGUACUGGAAGAGAACAGGCGAAGAACGCAAAACCAAAGGUUGCGUUGGAAUGAAGAGGAAUUUAGUCUUCUACAGAGGUCGUAAACGCACCGAUUGGGUCAUCCACGAAUAUUAUUAUCCUCAACCCCAUGUUAAACUUCAAGAUCAGAAGCCAACCUGUGUUAUUUGCCGCUUGAUGCACGAUCCCCAGAGGAAAGGGCGGAAUUCAGAUGCUCCAGACCUUGAGGAGGGUGAACAAAGCGGCAAUAUCACUACUGAUCUUGAGAAUUCUGUAGCACCUGCUGUAACUCUUGGGGGACAUGGUCACGGUGAAGUGAAUCAUCAACCAGUCUCGCCAAUGCUCUCACCAGAUGCCAACUUCGUUGAGCAGUCGUUGGGACUCAUGCUAGACAACGAUAUGCAAGUUCCAUGUGGAGAGAAUUUUGAAAUAAGUGGCAACACCACUUAUUUUCCUCAAAAUCCAUUAGCAGUUGGUGAUAUUAGCCCAUCGGUACAAUGGGAUGAUGGCAUAAGUCUAUCUGAUCUUAAAAACCCAUUACCAUCUUUUGCAAGUCCGGCGGAUCAUUGUCAUGACGAAGUGAAUAGCCAACAUUUUUCGCCAUUAUACUCACCAGAAUCCAACUUCAUGGAGCCGACGUUGAGUUUUCUGCUUGAUGAGGAGAUGCAAGCUCCAUCUGGAGCUGCAGACGAAUCAAACGAGUAUUUUAAGGUGUUGCCAGAUUUGUCUGCUGUUACUCCUGUAGAAAACGACUAUCUUUACAAUACCUCCAGCCUACAACCUUUGCCAAUAUGGUCGUAUCUGGAUGGUCAAUUUACCAGUGACACACACACUGAAGAAGUCAAUGAACAGGUAGAGGUACAUGUUCAUUGGCCAUUGGAUGGUUAAUCCAAUAGCUAAUGAACCACUGUAGGAGAAUAUCACUUAUAAAUUAUGUAAUAAUGAGUCACAUUAUUACAGAAAAAAGUAAAACGAUAUUCUUCUAUGGACUUUUUUUUUUUUUUCCUCCUUCUUACCCUCCAAAAUAGCAGGAAAAUUUUGUUGUUACAAACUAGUCAACCAAGGCUUACAAGGCCAUAUUUCCUUACAAUCCCCUUCAAUCCCUUAUCAUCCUCAAAAACCUACAGUCAAACAAAACAUUAGUGUUUGGACCUACACCUCGUAUGGCCAGCACUAUCAAAACCAGCUUAUCACCCUAAACAUCUUUGAGAUUUGUCUAAACAGUUGCCUGCUUUUCUGCCACUACAUUAUCUUCUCUAGUUACACUUGUGUGAAACAAGGUACUCCCUUGAAAACAAAACUGGAAUGCUGGUCCUUGCUUAAGGACCAAGGAAAUAUGUUGCCGUCCCUUUGUUGUAGCAUUGUGAGCUGGCCAUAUGACCUCUUAGAGCAUAGCAUGGCUAAGUCGGCCAGAAGAGGCACCAUCCAUAUCUAUGUUAACCUUAGAUGGGAAAAAUAAUGCCUCGAGAUGGCUUUGAUAAUCCAAGUUUAGCUACAUUUGCUUAUAGCUCUCCAAUCCUUUCCUCAUCAUUAUUUCACCCUAGUCAUUAAACACCUAGUCAACUACAUAACUACUACCAUCCAAAGUAAAUGCUUUUCAGUAAAAAAAAUUCUGUACCACUUGAAGUAUGUCUUUAGUCCAUUAUAAUACAGUAAUAGCAGUUUUCCCAAGACUUCCCGCCUGAGUAAAUAGCAGACAAGAUUGGUCAAGAUUGACCUGCAGAAGGCUCAGAAAUGCAAUUCCCAAUUGAAGAGUAAGAAUGUUCUGUGAAUAAAGGAGAGGUUGAUUCCUAAGUACAGCCUACAUGAGAAGCCAGAUGAGCGCCCCCUUGCCUUAUUGAACUCUUCAACAGUCGAAUAUACGCAAAGUGUACUUUAAGGAAAUGGAGAUUUCUCCGGAGAAACAUGGGACUGUCAGGUUCUUUUCUUCCUAGACUCACAGAUCCAGCCGCAGUUCCUCUGCGGCAAUGUGUGGAUAGUGGAAAUAAGGCCAAAGAAGCUGCAAAACACCCUGAUUUCUGUUGACUGUUCCUGAAAGGUUCAAAGCAGCAAGUUGGAGAAGCACUUGAAGUCAGCAAGGUGCGAGUCGGCAAUCAGUAGGUGGAAGAGUUUCUUCACUUUGCGGAAGAAUAAUCUUUCUUGAUCUGUAGUUCUACUGAACUAUUGGAAUAUACUCAUUCCAGGGCUUAGUUUGGUUCCUGCAAUGGUGUUUGCUGAAGCUGUACUAUAACUCAGCAAAACAAUGAUUUACUUUCGUUGGUAUCUUUUUUUUAUUAGUCUUAAGGUAAAGGGUAUUACAAUGCUUGCUCUUAUUGGGGUAUAGGAAUGCGACAUUUCAUCACCACCAUACCUGGUGUUAAAUCCUACUUCAUGUAUUUUGAUGCAGCACUACUACAUCACUUGUUUUACAUGUGUGGCAGUUUUGUUUUCACUGACAAUUGAAAGUGAGAUUUAUCAAAUCUUACAUUUUCCAAGUGAUGGGUAUUUUGUGCUACUAAUACAUGGAGUAGUGAAAAUUGAAAUGGCUUUAUAUCCUUUUUUAUAUUAGCACUCCUUAAAUUUCACUGCAACAUGCUGUUGUGGUUCAACUUCGUUAUGUAUAAUAUGUACUCAUUAUGUAUGUGUGAAUUAUUAUUUGCUUAUGCUAUCUUUGUUAUCCAUCCA